AAUAAGAAGGUGCGUAUCUAUGAACAGGAAUUUCGAAAUUGAAGUAAAGAAGAGUGUAGAGUAUGUCAACCACAAUAUACCCGAUAUAUCCUGUGUCGACGAGGGCUUUCACCGAAUGCUGGACUCUUAAGGUCCGCUAGGAUACGAUGGUGUAAUAUUUCUUAAACUUGAUUUAUGUCGCAACACAUCAGAAGUUACCGAAUAAGAUACAUAGUAAAAGAUGGUUUUCACAUCCGUCAGUCAAAGUCGGACUCCCUACUUCGGCCUAGAACAAAACAUACGCUUUGUGAAUACAGCGACAUUUACAACGACAGCUUUCAAAACACAGAAAUAAUGUCAAGUUGGAACCAACAAAUGGGACUUUCGAAUACUGACUUCUAUCACAGUGUGGAAGACUUGUUAAUCGUCCAGUCUCACUAUAAUAACAGCAUAUUAACACUAGAGGGACUCUGUUGUCAUUACAAUUCUUGUUUCUCAUGCGGGGUGAGUUGGGCUGACAACCAUGUAUCCUUGGAUUGUUUUGAGUGUGGCGGGUACGCUAUGCAACGUCCCUGUCCAGAGUGCGAAGGCAAGUGUAAAAGCAUUUGGAGCAGAAACGUGACUGCAUCUCAUGACAGUAGGCAGUCCAAGUGGGAAGGCCAAUGUUACAGAUCUUGAAAACCACAAGACGUCUGUAAAGGUUCUAAAUAGAACGAAAUUGCGAGUUCUUGACGAAGUUAGGAACGAACUGAAGUCAAAUUUAUGACCAGUUAUAAUCACGAAUAUAGAGUAAAAAUUCAGGAGCUUUGCACUUGUAAAUAGGAAGGUGUAAAUAUAUCUGUUUCACGUUUGUGUGCAUGUUACAUGACAUAACUCUUUCUGUGCUUAAUACAUCUGCAGUGAAGGACUGUUGAUUUUGGUUUAGGAUAAAACAUCUUUAUUAAAGAACAGCUCAGGAUUUAAAAAAGAUUAACUUGUCUUCCAUGACAUGCCCAUGCUCGGAAUUAUGUUUUGAAACCCUUUUAUUGUUUUAUUGAUAAAAUAUAUAUAUAUAUAUAUAUAUAUAUAUAUAUAUUGAGAAAUCUGUUAUGAUAAUUGAAUAGAUACUCAAUGAAAGCAGAUGAUUAACUGUAAUUAGCAUAACAACUAUAUAACAUUAUCAAAGAACAGACAUGGCAACAAAUACAAUUAUUACUUGGUCAGAACUGUUAAUGAAAUUUGCUCGAUUUUAUUUUUAUUGAUAUACUGCUAAUCAUAUAAAUCAAAUGUACAUUUAGAAAGUUUAUUCGUUUUAUUCAGUCAUGCAUGAAGAGAUUAAAAGAUUUAUCAGACAGCAACAACCAAACUGUUUAUUGGAGUUAUUUGGCAUUGGACACAAAGGUCUUUAUGAUGUUACAUCAUAAUACCUAAGCCAAAUAAUAGUGCUAUUUUUCCUGUUAAAAGUACUUGGAAUAGCAAAUGUUCUUGAUGGUGUUAUCUAGCCAUAAUCAAGGCAUUUAAUGAUGAAGCUUAUAUCCAAUGGUAAAUUAUUAUUUAGUAAGUUACAUUUAAAGCAAUUGAUAAUGAUAUCUGAUCUCUGACAGAAAUAAACAUGGUGAUGAUACUCGUUUAAGAACAAAACAUUUACUUAGCUACAGCUAAAACAUUGAUGUCUUUAAAUGAUUACAACAAAACCACUUAUUAUAAUAUAUUUCUCCUCACAAAGGCUGUUGAUAGUAUUAGCUCACAACAUCUGAUCAUUUCAGACUGCAGUGAAUGACAGACUAUAGUAAUGUUUGGCUGGACAUAAAGAAAACUUAUGAUUGGGUUAGUUGUACUAUAUAAACAACUUGGGAACUUUAUGCAACACCAAACACUAGUUUUUUCUUUUCUUUAUAGAGUAACUUAGUGACUUCUAAUAAAUAUAUCUGAACCUUCAUAUGAAUAAGCUAGGGAAGCAGUGAACAUCAUAUUACGAUUGUUCACUUAUUUAUUAUUUCUAAAAGGCCAAAAGUACAUAGGAAAAUUGUUGGAUUGGAUUAUUUGUUUUAGGCACAAAAUUACACAAUGGGCUAUCUCUGCUAUGCCCACCAUAGGUAUCGAAGCCAGAUUUUUAGUGUUACAAGCCUUCAAACUUAGCGCUGUACCACUGGGAAGCUACUUUGAAAAAAAAAGCAUACUAACAAACCAGGUGUCUUUAAUAGAAUAAGACAAACAUUAAGUAUAAUGUUCAAAUGACAUUUGUUUUAUUGUUUUCAAAUGGCCAGUGUACUUCAGCAGUCUUCAAUCACCUGUUGCAAUCAUAAAUUCGCUAAUUCAAUAUUGAUGUUAUUGCUUAAUUAAUCAUAGGUAAGCCAAUAUUCUCCAAACAAUGUUGUGGAAUCAGGAUGGAAAGUAAUUCUGAUCAGUUUUACUAUUGAAAGUAUAUUCUAUAUUAACUUGUAUGUUAUUUAUGGAGGUUUUUUUUUAUUAUUUCUACUUAAUUGUAAAGUGAGUGGAACGUCUGAUUUCAAUUUUAAAUUAGCAAUUAUAUAGUAAUAAAAGCAGAUAAACACUAUUCUACACAGACUAUCUACGUGUGUAAUAUAUCUUAAAAUGUUGAGCUUGCACUAAAAACUAUAAAAAUCAAACAAAAAAAGUCAUUUAUGGAUAUCUUAGAGAGCCUUAGGUGGCUAAACUGUAAGACUGGGGAUUGUAAUGCUAAUCAUCGUGUUUCGACACCCGAUACCCGCGAUGAGCAGAGCACAGCCAGCCCAUUGUGUAACACUGAGUGUAACAACAAAUAAACAGUAUUUCAUAGAUGAGUAUAUGGAGAAAUUUGUGGUAAGAUAAUUACGUUUGUAUAGUAACAUGAAAACAUCUGUAAAACGUUUUAGAAUAAUUUAGAAAAUAUCUCAAGUAUGAGUCUGCUUUGAACAAGUUAAAUUUAAUUUUAGGAGCUGAGAAUUACAUGCUACACUUGGUGUUUACUGACAAAAUCAAGUUAGAAAUGAAAUGAUCAACACAGAAAUGUUUGCCCAUUAUACUUAUUAUUUUGCGAUUACAGGAAAAUAUAUCACAUUCUUUGUUGAUGCUUAACAGUUUCACACCACAGAGUUUAACAAUUCUGUUGAAAAGGAAGUUGGUAUUUUAUUAAUGUUCCAUUUUUUAAGUAUAACGCAUGUUAUGUUCCACAUUCAUUAAAAUGUACUAAUAACAGCUAUUUUUCAACUAUGAACAGCAGCUUACCGGAUUUGUUAAAAUAAUAUUUUCCGUUACAAAUAUUUUAUGAACUAAUUCCGUUCUCUAAAAAAAUGACUAACGAUUAACACGAAGAAAAUGAAUUUAAACAGUUCUAUAGUUUACUAGAUGUUUAUAAAAGACCGUUUUAGAACAUAUAGAAUAUAGAAACGAUAGAAUAAAAUUCUAGAUACAUAUAAAACAAAAAUCUGCGUAUCUGUUUGUCCGUUAUCUAACUACUACUAGGUCGCUGGGCCAAUCUCAACCAAACUUAUGAGAUGAUAGUUUGUAACAAGAAACAUGUUAUUGGGGUUUACAACCCCUUCACUCUCCAUUAUUUCUGUCAUUGAGCAUUUAUUAUCUUUGACUUAAGUUAAUGUCAACUCGAUUCAUAGAUAGCGCCACGUCCUUACACAAAACAACAUUUUCUAUAACACAACAUACACACAGUAUGGGGAAAGGGCACAUAAAUGUUUAAUAUAUCUCAGAUAGUGCGCUAGCACUCUCUAUGAAGAAA